ACUGUGGACGCAGGAAGUUAUCCGUUGGUCGGAUUGUAGGUGGUCAAGAUGCUGGUUUGGGGAAAUGGCCAUGGCAAGUCAGCCUACGUUACGAUGGGACACAUCUUUGUGGCGGCGCCAUCAUCUCAAACGAAUGGGUAGUUACAGCAGCUCACUGCUUUCCAGAGAGGAAUCGCGUGGUGAACCGCUGGCGGGUAUUCGUGGGUGCCGUAUCUCAGCAAUCCAUCAAGGGGCUACAGAUGGACGUGGCCAGCAUUGUGUACCAUGGUGGAUACAGGCCGUUUGUGGACCCCAAUAGUGAGGAGAACAGCAAUGACAUUGCCUUGUUGCGUUUGGCCACGCCACUCUCCUUCAAUG